AUGCCAAUUCAAUUAUAUGAUAUAAAAGCUAAACAGGUCGACCAAUUAGUGAAUACAUUGAUUCAAGCCUUGAUCAAUAUUAAAGAUGACACGGGUAAAUUUUUGAUGAAAAUUCCUGACGGGCGUAUUAUUGAUACAAAGAGUUGGAUCACAUGCUGGGAAUGGACACAUGGUAUUGGUCUUUAUGGAAUGUGGCAUUACUAUGAGCUCAAUAAUAAUCCUAUAAUUCUAAAGCACAUAGAAGAUUGGUUUGAAGUGCAGAUGUUUGGUCCUAAUGGGACAACUUCGAAGAAUAUCAAUACAAUGGCGGUCUUUUUACCUUUAUCGUAUAUAUAUGAAAGACACGGAAAUGAGAAAUAUUUACCCUAUUUAGAUGCUUGGGGUGAAUGGGCAAUGUUUGAUUUACAAAGAACAAAGUGCGGUGGGUUUCAGCAUGCAACAUACCUUACUGAGAAUUAUGAGCAGAUGUGGGAUGAUACUUUGAUGAUGACCGUAAUGCCUCUUGCAAAAAUAGGUUUAUUAUUAGGAAGACCUCAUUACGUCGAGGAGGCUAAAAAACAAGUUCUCCUUCAUAUUAAAUACCUCUCUGACAGGAAAACCGGUUUAUGGUUUCAUGGUUACACGUUUGAUGGUAACCACAAUUUUGCGAAUGCAUUGUGGGCAAGGGGAAACUCUUGGAUAACAAUUGUAAUUCCUGAGUUUAUCGAAUUAUUAAAAUUGAAACCCGGCGACCAUUUAUUGGAUGUUUUAGUUGAAACAUUUCAAGCCCAGGUUUCCAAACUAUCUGAAGUUCAAGACGAGCAUUCUGGAUUAUGGCAUACAUUGUUGGAUGAUCCUUCUUCUUAUCUAGAAUCCUCUGCUACUGCUGGGUUUGCGUAUGGGAUUUUAAAAGGUAUCAGGAUGAGAAUUAUUGAUUCUAGAUAUAAAGGAAUUGCUGUAAAGGCUGUUAAGGCUGUAAUUGGACAGAUCGAUAAGAAAGGUGAGUUGUUGAAUACCUCAUUCGGAACUGGAAUGGGUGGUACUUUACAGUUCUAUAAAGAUAUUUCUUUGACUUCAAUGCCAUAUGGCCAAGCUUUGGCAAUCAUGGCCUUAGUUGAAUUUUCUCGACUCUAUUUGUAA